CCCCUCCCCUCGAGCUGCACCCUGCGUGGGGCUGGAUGGUGCUGUAGCCCCCUACGAUGAGGAGAAGCCUGGCCCCCAGCCAGCUGGCCAAGAGGAAGCCGGGGGGCGAUGGCUCAGAGGAUGAUGAGGACUGGCACCCCGAGGCGACUCCGAAGAAGCGGAAACCUGGCAGUGAGAGCCAGAGCUGGGAAUGUUACGUGUCACCUUUCCGGAAACCCUUGGCCCAGUUGACCAAUCGACCUCACUGCCUUGAUAGCAGCAAACAUGAGGCAUUUAUCCGCAGCAUUUUGUCAAAACCCUUCAAAGUACCCAUUCCAAAUUAUCAAGGGUCGCUGGGCUUGAGGGCCCUGGGCAUCAAACGGACAGGGGUAAGGAGCGCUCUCCAUGACCCUUUUGAAGAAGGGGCUCUGGUUCUUUAUGAGCCCCCGCCGCUGAGUGCACACGACCAGCUGAAAAUAGACAAGGACAAAGUGCCAAUCCAUGUUGUGGUGGACCCCGUUCUCAGUCGGGUUUUACGGCCUCAUCAGAGAGAAGGGGUGAAGUUUCUUUGGGAAUGUGUCACGAACCGGAGGAUCCCUGGGAGCCACGGCUGCAUAAUGGCUGACGAGAUGGGUCUGGGCAAGACCCUCCAGUGCAUCACUCUGAUGUGGACGCUGCUGCGUCAGAGCCCCGACGGCAAGCCUGAAAUCGACAAGGCAAUGGUGGUCUCUCCUUCCAGCCUGGUUAAAAACUGGUACAAUGAAGUCGGCAAAUGGCUCGGAGGAAGGAUUCAGCCGCUGGCCAUCGAUGGAGGCUCCAAAGACGAGAUAGACCGUAAACUAGCCGGCUUUAUGAACCAGCGUGGCCUGCGAGUGCCUUCCCCCAUCCUGAUCAUCUCCUACGAGACGUUCCGCCUUCACGCCGAAGUUCUCCAGAAGGGGAGCGUCGGGCUGGUCAUAUGUGACGAGGGCCAUAGACUGAAGAACUCUGAAAACCAAACAUACCAGGCUCUGGACGGCUUAAACACCCCACGGCGAGUUCUCAUCUCAGGGACCCCCAUUCAGAAUGACCUGCUCGAAUACUUCAGCUUGGUGCACUUCGUUAACUCGGGCAUCCUAGGGACAGCGCAGGAGUUUAAAAAGCAUUUUGAAAUCCCAAUCCUAAAAGGCAGGGAUGCAGAUGCAAGUGAAGUGGAGAGGCAUAAAGGGGAGGAGCGACUUAAAGAGCUGAUCAGCAUUGUGAACAGAUGUUUGAUCAGGAGAACUUCAGAUAUCCUGUCCAAAUACCUACCUGUGAAAAUCGAGCAGGUGGUUUGCUGCAGGCUGACACCUUUGCAGACUGAGCUGUACAAACACUUCCUGAAGCAAGCGAAGCCGGCCGAAGAGCUGAAGGAGGGGAAGAUCAGCGUGUCGUCUCUCUCCUCCAUCACGUCCCUGAAGAAGCUCUGUAACCGGGGGAGCCCUGCAAACUUCACAAAGCCACAGUGGUUUCCAGGUUUGGUUUGUUCUUCAGACCCUGCCCUGAUCUACGAGAAGUGUGUGGAGGAGGAGGAGGGGUUUGCAGGAGCACUGGAAUUGUUCCCUGCUGGCUACAGUCCCAAGUCCCUGGAGCCCCAGCUGUCAGGAAAGAUGCUGGUGUUGGACUACAUCCUGGCUGUGACUAGAAGCACUAGCAACGACAAGGUAGUCCUGGUCUCCAAUUACACCCAAACACUGGACCUCUUUGAGAAGCUCUGCAGGACUAGGAGGUAUUUAUAUGUCCGACUGGAUGGCACCAUGUCCAUUAAAAAGAGAGCAAAGAUCGUAGAGCGGUUUAACAGCCUCUCGAGCCCUGAGUUUGUCUUCAUGUUGAGCAGCAAAGCAGGUGGCUGCGGCUUGAACUUGAUUGGGGCAAACAGACUCAUCAUGUUCGACCCGGAUUGGAAUCCGGCCAAUGACGAACAAGCCAUGGCUCGCGUGUGGCGAGACGGCCAGAAGAAGACCUGCUACAUCUACAGGUUGCUCUCAACAGGGACAAUCGAGGAGAAGAUUUUCCAGCGUCAGACCCACAAGAAGGCACUCAGCAGCUGCGUGGUGGAUGAGGAGCAGGAUGUGGAGAGGCACUUCUCGCUAGGGGAGCUGAAGGAGCUGUUCACAUUGAAUGAGACCACAGCCAGUGAUACCCAUGACAAGAUUAAGUGUCGCCGCUGUGUGAAUGGCCACCAGGUAAAGCCGCCUCCUGAAGGUUCUGACUGCACCUCUGACCUCUCCCAGUGGAACCACUGUGCUGACAAGCGUGGGCUUCAGGACUCUGUGCUGAAGGCCACGUGGGAUGCUGCUGUCACCUUCACGUUCCAUCACCAUUCCCAUGAGGAGCAGCGAGGGAUUCCCUGACAAUGCGUCUCUGAUGGUGGGGAUGAGGGAAGGCUCCUAUGGAAGUCAGCGAGCCCACUUCAAUCACUUUCAAAGCAGAGGUCUGAUAACAAUGCAGCCGGUGCUGUUAUCUGGAUCCAGAACAGCAGGACGUUGUUUUCUUCCACCAAGAAAUUGGUAGGUCUUGAAAAUUGUUAAACUGUGCUUGGGACAGCAGUAAGCACAAGAUAUUAUCCGUGCCACUCUUGUGUCUAUAAUAUGUACUGGAGAAACAGCCGUUUGGUUUGUGUAGUGAUGUGCUUCAGUCUAACCUAGGAUCUAUUGUAAUAGCAUCAGGACAUAACCAGUUCUGCAUUUGUGAGAGCACAUGCAAGAUCCAGUUCGCAAUUUGUAUCGUCUUUUUAUUUACCUAAGUCCCAUUACAAACAAGCUAGCUCCAUCUUCAGGUGUAGGUUAAUUCCUGGCUGCAGAUCUGGUUUUCCAUGUGCAACUACCACCCACUCAAGAUUUUUUUCUCGGAGCCACAAUUUACAGGCUAGAUACUGAAUGCACAGGCACUGAUGAAAUCUGGCAUCGGCUGGCAGGGUUGACCUUUAGUAGACAGCUCUGGGAAAUAUAAUCAUUCAUCUCCAGAUCAAUCCAACUUAAGCCAUUUUUGAAAAUCUUGGUCUAAAUGACUUGUGCUUCUGGAUGGCCCAAUCUGAGACACCUACAAAGGGCCUGAUUUUCAGAAAGUGCAUCAGUCAGGCCCUAUUAAAAUCACUCUUCACUUUGAAAAUCUUGGCAGAACAACUAAUUUGUGUUGUAUCAUUUUUAGCAAGAUCAUCUUUCGACAAUGCAGUAAAAGAAUAGUCCCUAAUGUACCAAAAUUUCUACUCAACUAUAUUUUAUAAAAUAAAGUUGCUGAAGGACAAGCAAA